CUGGUCCAAAAGCUGCUGGUGGCGGUAUUUGGUAUAGUCAAUGGCUCGUCUGUGCCCAAAGGUGAAUCCAUUGGCAACGAUGAGAACACUCUGCGAGAGCGAAUGACCUUCUUACUCGCACGUCAGAAGGGAACUGAGGUGGGUGACACAUUGGAUGUGAUUUAG